UCGAAAUAAAAAAAUAUUUGUUUGAUUAAAAAGCUGGCUAAUUAACUCAUCACCACAAAAAAAAAGAUUAGCAAACAGGCUCAAGGUCAUCUAUUCGUGUAAACUUUUUCUAGAAUAAUGCCCUGACAACGCCAUGCGGUGGCUGCUCGUCUUGUGCUGAAUUGUUCAGAGACUCGAUCUAUAGUAAUGGCCGGGCUAUUUUAAGCAAUUUUCACUCAUCCCAAAGUACGUCCUCUUCAUUAGAAUAGACUCAUCAUUGUUCGUAUGAACGAAUAGGCUCUAGCAUGAUCUCUGUAGAUACUUUCACCAUGUUAUUUAAGUGAUUUUAUUAUAACAUACGUAUGCUUAGAUAAAUACAGCCUCAAAAUUGGCGUUGCGGAUUUUCCAUUACAGCCCUGGUUUCCCCAAUUCCUGGACGCCUCCGAGGAAGCUGGAAACAAUUGGAAUCUCCGAGGACGAAAAAUGCGUGGACGAAAAUCCGUACAGUUUCUAACAUCGGGAUCCAUCAUCCAUGCCAUCUAUGGUCAAGGCUGCCUUGCUCAUUUAUGAUCGAUGGGGUGAUGUAUUGAAACGUGGAUCAGGACGGCCUCUUAGCCUACGACGGAGGCAGGGGAGAGGUGGUGCUGAUAGACCAUCCCCGACGGAUGACGGCGGCGACAGGGGCCGCCUGUACAUGGGAAAGUGCAGGCGGCCAGGGGAGAAUAUUGAGGUGUGGGUUCUGUUGAAUUACGAGAGGGGCGGCUCCGGCAGGUGGGUUUUGAGGCAUAAGGUGAGCUUCGAUGAGAUGCGCCGCCGCAAACCCUGGUUCCUCUUCACCCAUGAGAAGCGGCAGGUGGGUUUGAGGCAUAAGGUUGAAUAGAAAAUUUGUCAGAGUAACAAUAAGCUAGUACGUAAGAAUGGCGAUCCCUUUCCACCAAUAGAAUAGAUAACUGGCUGAUUCGUAAUAGAAUAGGGACAACUGGCUGAUUGGUACGAUAUAUAACUGAUUCGGUCCCUUUGAUACUGAAAUGCAUGAGGGAUUUACACGUAUUCGUCUGGAACCUUCUGCGUAAAACUGCCUAGCUAGGUGACAUUAGCCCUAGACAGUUGUCUCGCGGAUGACGUAAUCGCAGUCGUCCACGGAUCUUAAAUGGUGAAAUGACUAAGUCCACAAUCUUUCCCGAGCUCUGGGCUCUGCAGAAGGGGUCGGGUUCAGAUGUAGCGUGCUUAUUUGGGAGGAGGGUGGCCUCAGUAAGUUUACGUGAAGCAAUAACAUUCUCUUUAACUCUUUAACUUUGUGAGGUGCUAGUUGACCUCAAGCUCGGUUAUAGUGCUGAAUUUGGUGCCAUCCUCGGCAGGACCAAGCUCUGCCUCAGAUGCGGUUUUGGACUUAUCUCGAUGAUCUGAGAACCAACUUUGGAUCCGGACUCAGGGGAUCGGCCUCAACCUCGGCGGGAAAUGACUUAGUGAAUUCUGGGGACUUUUAUUCGUGAAUGUUGAUACCCUUGAAAUAUACUUCAUCACUGC